ACAAUUUUCAAAUACAAAAACAGAUAAACAUAAACUAGAAUUAAUUAAGAAAAAUAAGGUUGCCGGAAACGAAUGAAAAGCGGCUCGCUGCUCUUCAACAGUCUCCUUAGUGACUGAACCCCCCAGGCAAAUUCCCCGAUUAACGAACAAGACUAGUUAUCAAAAUGGAGCAAACCACGUUUUUCACACUUGGGCAACGCGUCCACUCAUCCACCGAUCCCCGCCGCGUGGGCACUGUCAAGUUCGUUGGCAACGUGGAAGGGUACUCUGGCAUUUGGGUCGGGGUCGACUGGGACAAUGAAGGAGAUGGCAAACAUGAUGGCUCCAUCAAUGGAGUCCGAUACUUCCAAGGUCGAUCCCAAAACUCCGCCUCAUUCCUGAGACCUCAGAACCUCAGCCCCGGCAUUUCACUCCUUCAAGCUCUUAAGCUCAGAUAUCAAUCCCACUCCACCGAACAAGAUGAGGAUGAAAUGUAUGUGCUUUCAGCCAGCAACAAGCGUGUAUCAGUUCAACUAUUGGGUAAAGACAAGAUCCAAGAUAAGCUAAGUCGAUUUGAAGAGCUGACAAGUGCAUCAAUAUCGUAUUUGGGUGUCAGCACUCCUGGAGAUCCGGCUGAAAUUAGUGCUUCUGUGCCAAAUUUAAAGGAGCUUGACUUGAUGGGAAAUUUGAUUACGGAUUGGAAGGAUGUUGGCACCAUAUGUGAACAGUUACCGCAUCUUGUAGCACUCAAUCUGUCUAAUAAUUUAAUGACACAGAACAUGACAGGGUUGCCCCUACUAAAAGCCAUCCGUGUUUUAGUUUUGAACAGUACGGGCAUAAACUGGUCGCAGGUUGAAAUCCUUGAACAUUCAUUACCAGUGAUUGAGGAGUUACACCUGAUGGGGAAUAACAUAAGCAGCAUAAAGCCAACAUCUUCCUCCACCGUUCAGGGAUUUGAUUUUUUGCGGCUUCUGAAUUUGGAAGAUAAUUGCUUAGCUGAAUGGGAUGAAAUCUUGAAACUUUCUCAACUGAAAAGUUUGGAGCAGCUUUAUUUAAACACGAACAAGUUGACCUGCAUCUUUUACCCAGAUAAGAUACAAGAAGUUCUCAGUAAUCAUGAGUCAUGUGAGGAAAGCUACUUUCCGUUUCAAAAUCUACGAUGCCUUCUUCUUGGAAGUAAUGAAAUUAACGAUUUGGCUUCAAUUGACUCAUUGAACACUUUCCCAAAACUGAUUGACAUCAGGCUUUCUGAUAAUCCGAUAGCUGAUCCUGCAAGAGGUGGUCUCCCAAGAUUUGUUUUAAUUGCACGAUUAGCAAAAGUUGAAAUGCUAAAUGGAAGUGAGAUAAGUGCUCGUGAAAGAAAGGAGUCAGAAAUCCGAUAUGUGCGCUUAGUAAUGUCAAAGUUGCUUGAUAAUCCAGAAGAGAUUAACCGCCUUCAUCCCCGGUUUGUUGAGUUGAAGAACUUUUAUGGGAUUGAGGAUGAAAGGCCAUUAGUGGGAGCAGCAGGCCCUCAGAAGAUGGCCUCCGGACUAUUGUCUAUCACUUUGAAAUGUGUGGCCUCAUCAGUCGGUGAGAAGCUUCCAUUGACAAAGAAAUUGCCAGCCACUACCACAGUUGGAAAACUGAAGGCUCUUUGUGAAAACUUUUUUAAACUAAAGUCGUUGAAGCUGAAAUUGUUUCUUCAAGAAGAGGGUUCGCCUUUGCCAAUGUUGCUUGAUGAUGAAAUGGCAACAUUAAUGGACAUGGGGAUUGGGAAUGAAUCUACCAUUAUCGUGGAUGAAGAGAGUUGACCAGCAAUCUGAUUGAGGUAUCCAAGAAAGCUUGUGUGUGCCUUCCUGUUUCUACAUGGUAUAACAUCUUCCGUUUUCAGAUGUUUGGAACUGUACUUCUAAAAUCAAAUGAUCUUUAGUAGGAUGAUACCUGCUGAGGCUGAGAUGAGUUUGUGCUUUUGGAGUUUCCAGAAGAAAGAAACACAUAAUGAGGGUUUGAGUAGUUGUUGAAAUGGCUGUCAAAAGAGAGCAUCAGAGUUUGUGUUAUAUAGGGUAAACUAAGGAAUAGAUAUUGGGCUGCUUGUGUGAAAUUCUGGCAUUGGCAUCAACAUCUGCGUACCAUCUUAACGCCCAGUACUUUUGAUCAACGUACAAAUUUUCGAUGUCCGGUUAUAUCUUUACUAGAUUCAGUGUUUGAUUUAUUAUAACAUCAAUAGUAGAUAAAAGACUAAUCACUUUUAUUUAUCACAUAUUAUAUUUAAUCACUUAUAUUUGAAAUGUUAUGUUUUAGUCACUUGUGUUAA